UUACAAUUUUAAGGGAAAAACGUUCAACCCAGGAAAAAAUAAGGUGGGGCAGGAUUGUCGCGCCAAACACCAUCAUACAGGUAAAAUAGUGACAAAAAAUUAUCUGGAGGAUGGCAGUGCAAGAUCGAAUACAUUGAGCAAAAGGUUAAAAACAAUUCAACAAAAGAUUAAACAAUUGUCCAAAUUAACAAACACUCAAAUGCAGCUAACAUACAAAACAGAGUCGGGACGGCAAGGGUGUUUGACAACUGACAACUGGGAGGAUAGUAUUGACAACACAGAUGUAUCCAAGGAUGUGAAUACUCCUUCAACAUCUCAUGCAGAUAUUGAUUUUUUGGUGUAUCCUGACCCACCACAAUCUAACACCAGCAAAGAUGAUGAUGCUAGUGCAGAAGAGGAGAAUUGUAAAGUCUGUGGAAAAGAAAAUAUGAGAAAGGGGAAGAAAGACAUCUGGGUAAACUGCGAGUUUGAAUCGUGUACUUACUGGUGCCAUUCCAUUUGUACCGGGUUUGUUGUCAAAAAAGAAAGUGACUUAGAUAAAGUGAAAUUUUAUUGUCCUCAACAUAUAAAAUCAUUUAAGAAAAUUUAAUAUGUAAAUGUUUAAUGCAUUAAUAAAUUAUUAUGAAAUUCAUUUUAAUUACGUUUGUAUUAAAUGUGAUUUAUCUUUGAAACUCUUAACUUAAAUUACUUACUUUUAACUUUAAUCCACUUAUUUUUAAAAACAUAUGCGUCUUCCA